AUGAAAUAACGAUUAGUCACUUAAGCUGAUGAUACUCCCUAAGAUAACCAAAUUUAGAAUGGAAAUAAACUAUCUAAUUAAUAUCAAAUCUGUUCAGUAGUUGGCAAUGGAACAUUUGGCAUGGUUUAUUUAGUAAAAAUGAGAAAUUGAUUGUUUAGGCUAUUGAUACUAAAACAAAUGAGAAGGUAGCUAUAAAGAAAGUGUAUUAAGAUAGAAGAUACAAAAAUAGAGAGCAUCUUAUAAUUUCAGAAUUGAAUCAUCCAUGCAUUGUGAAAUUAAGGUAGGCUUUCUUUACCUAAGGAGACAAUGCCAAAAAUGUUUAUAUUAAAUUUAAUGUAGACGGAAGAUAUCUAUUUGAAUUUAGUAAUGGAUUAUAUCCCAGAAACACUUAGCAAAGUUAUAAGGAAUUUCAAGAACAAUAAAAAACCAUUCCCUAAUCAAUCACUCAAAAUUUACAGUUACUAAAUGUUAAGAGCAUUAGCAUAUUUAUAAGGUUUUUGAGAUCAAAUCAAUUUAGGAAUUGGCAUUUGUCACAGAGACAUUAAACCUUAAAACAUAUUAGUAAAUCCUAAUAAUCAUGUAUUGAAAAUAUGCGAUUUUGGAUCUGCUAAAAGAUUGGUUGCAGGAGAACCUAAUGUUGCUUAUAUAUGUUCAAGAUAUUAUAGAGCUCCAGAAUUAAUAUUUGGAGCAACUGAAUAUACAACUGCCAUAGAUAUGUGGUCAAUUGGUAUUUAUCUAUCUAUUAUUUUAAUAGGUUGUGUUAUUGCAGAGAUGUUAUUAGGUGAACCCUUGUUUCCAGGAGAAAGUGCCACUGAUUAAUUAGUUGAAAUAAUCAAAAUUUUAGGAACACCUACUAUAGAUUAAAUCAAAUAAAUGAAUCCUUAACAAUAGUAAUUUAAAUUUCCUUAAAUUAAGUGUCAUCCUUGGGCUAAAGUACAUAAUCUUUAUAUUAUUUAGGUAUUUGGUAAAUUUAAAACAGAACCUCAUUUUAUUGAUUUCGUAAGCAAAAUAUUGGUUUAUUCUCCUCGUGAUAGAUUGAAACCAUUAGAAGCUUUGUUACAUCCUUAUUUUGAUGAAAUUAGAUAACCAAAUUUUGGAGAUGGACAUUUAAAUUUGCCUAAUUUCUUUGAUUUCUACAAAGGUAAUAUGCAUUUCAAUGAUUUUCAUAGAGGAAUUACAAAUUUAACCAGAAGUAGCUCAUAAAUUGACCCCAAGCUGGAUUAAAAAGUGA